AACCAGUUGGCUGCUGCACUGUUGCAGUUCUCAGGCUUCUGGACUCGGACUAAGCAGUAGAUAACAACCGAGUGCCAAGCUGAAUGGAAGCGUCCUCACAAUCUGACCGAUAACGUAAACAAUGAAGUCAUUUUAAAUGAGUGGCUGAAACAUGUGGAAUCUUUUCAAGUUAACAUGUUUUAUUUGUUGCUGUUUGAUGUUUGAGGGGAACCCAUGUACCAGUAGCCCAUGCCAGAAUGGUGGAUGGUGUUAUAAUAUUUAUGUACAGUACUUGUGUAUAUGUAACAUCCAUUGGAUGGGCAGUAACUGCGAAGUUCCAGCGCAACACACACGAACGUGCGGAUCAUGGGAAAUUCCCUGCCAUUCUGGAGGGUGUACGUUUGCACGCAAUCGUUGUGAUGGGAAUAAGGAUUGUAAAGAUGGAAGUGACGAGGUGAACUGUGUUACCAUUAAACCUCAGCCUGCGUGCCGACCAGGAAUGUUCGUGUGCGGCGACAAGUCAUGCAUCCCGUCCUUCCGACGUUGCGAUGGAUUUGUUGAUUGUGUUAACAGUACUGACGAGAUUGGGUGCCGGCCAAGAAUUGGGAAUGAACCAACUCAAGCAAGGAGUAUGACGAGAGGGCCAGAAAAAACCACUGAAUUGAGCACUGAGACGUAUGUCGGGCGAGUAUUCACCCAUCCUCUUGUCACUGACAUAGCUGUUAUAACUGUAGCUGUACCUACCAGUUAUAAAGUACCGAAUACUUUCACCGGUGUUGAAUUAGCAAUUAUCACAAGUUUUCUACUGUUCACCAUGUGCAUUCUCCUAGUUUUAUUUGCACAGAAACGUGGUUUUCGCAUUUCACGACGCCAGCAAGCAUCUUUGAUGUAUAGACGCCGUUUACGUGAUGCUCUAGAUCGCCUCAGCGUCAGAGGCUGCCCAUCAAGGUUGGACAAUCCUUACCUGAACGAUGAAAUUAUCGUGUCAUAUAAUGCAAAUGGCGAUGCAAUACGGUUCGGAGAUAACGCAUGGAAACAUACAUUCCACACUGAUCCCCCUCCACCUUAUUCAGAAAUAAUUGAUAUAAACAGAGAAACUUGUCCGUUUCCUGUAAAUGCGUGUUCAGCAGAAAUGCAGCCGCCAUCUUAUGACGAGACAGUGGCCAGUUACAUUGAUAGGCAAGCAAGUCGUACUCAUGAAAGGACUGAGUUGCAUUAUGGGAGGUCAGGGGGCAGACGACAAGGCUGUGACUUCGACUUUGAGACAACAAUAUGAAAAGGACUAAGUGAAUAUUUUGGUGCUGAUAAACUAAACACUGAUACAACGAUGCAGUCAAAUAAAAUGAGUCAUUCUGGAUAAUGGCUUGAGUUUCAAAGAUUAUUAUAAACCAAAUAUUACACUUAAUGGUAUUUGAAUCAGUUGAUCUCAGAUGAAUGAAAUGAUAGUAUUUCUGUUCUCCAUUAGAUUUUAUUGUGCAAGUAUUUGUACCAACUCUGCAUGAUACAGAAUAUGUAGCAUUGCUGAUAAGGCUGUAAUUUGCUCACGAAAUCCAAACAACUCUUCUAAUGAUUUAUUAACGUUCGCAAAUUUAUCAUGGAACUUUCGAGAAAGUCUCUUUGGUCAGGCAUACUGUAACAUUGAUGAAGAAUGUCUUCUGUUCCACCUUGAAGUUCUAAUGACCUAUGACACCCUGAUGUGUGUGCAUGGGGAAAAUAUUUUCUGUACUGUUGCAAAGGAGGUAUGCUUUUCCCACAUGGUGACUGCUGGCCAGAUGAUCUGAUAUCAGUAUACUUUCUUGCGCUAUAAAACUCUGUCCAAACUAUCAAAUUUUCUUUGCCAAAAUGAUGUAUGCCCAUAUAUAGUCAUGAUGUGCCUAUAUAUGGUCAUGAUGUGAUGUCAUCAUGACCAUAUUUAGGCAUGUCACAUGAAUUUGAUAGUCUGAACAGGCAUAGCAUAUGAACAUACACAAAGACAAUAUUUGAUUAAACUAGGAUGAUGGAGAGCAUCGUCUACCUUCCAACAUGCAUGGAUUCGAAGAGACACAAUUUGUUCGACUAGAUUGAAGGUAUAUGUUUGAAACAAGCAAAAUAUGAUGCAGUAGCACAUGCCUGGAUUUAACUACUUGGUAUAUAAAGAAACACCUGAAUCAUUGAUGUAACUAUAUUAAGCAAUGAAAUGUCUUUCAGCACAUGGAUGAUGUAAUCCUACUUUUGUGCAGAACUUGCUGCAACAUUCUGCAAAUUACAGAGAGUGACCCUUUCUUGCUAAGCCCUGGGCCUUGCAUAUUGUUGCUAAAGUUCCACAAAACGACAGUGUAAAAACAUAUGCAAGCACAUGGGACACCACGUGUGUUUGUAGGACAUACGCAUAUUCCUCGCCCUCUUGUUAUUGGUCAGUUGUUAAAGUUUGAUUGACACUCCAGAAGAAACAUUGUUUUGGAGAGACCACAAAGAACUGCAUUUCUGAAUCCAAAUGAGAUGAUAAACCAAACUAUGCAGUACAGUACUUUUCUAUAUUUGUCCUCUUGAUAUUUGCCUCUCAACUUUCAAAAUUGUGGUUGAAGCUACAUUCUAUGAUUGGCAAAAUGUACCUCCUAUUUUGGGUAAGGAUAUUCCAAAUUGUUAAGAAAAAGCAUAGGCCUACCAGUAGUGGGGUUAGGGGUAAUGUUUUUUCAAGAAGCUCCACUUGAGGUCAAACUAAAAAAUAUAAUUAAAUUUUAAUAUAUAUUAUAUAAUCAAAUUUUGAUGAUCUAACCAAAAGUACUGUGAUUAGAGUUCCUUAAUAUUGUGGUUUGAAACACAGUUUUUACUUUCCUAAUAACUAGAAUCUCAGCAAGGGGAUUGGAUUCAGCUCUUUACCCCCACUAAGGAUUUUACCACUGACCCAGACCAAUAGCUAUAUAGUGACCCAUGGAUCAGACUCCUCUUUUGGAUAUGUUGGACCCUUAAUGGAAAAUUUCUGGAAGCCUAUUGUAUACAUGUGAAAUACAUAUUACAUUUCCAAACUACUACAGCCCUCCCCAGCCUUCUUUCUUGACCCACUUUCAGUGCAGUUUGGCCAGCUAUUAAUCAAAAUUAAAAUGAUAUAUUCAAACAGUAACAGCAUCAGUGUAUGCCAAGUAGUGUAGAAACCAACACAUGUGAAAAAUGUAUAUAUACUUUUAUAUUUAAGAUAAUUAAAAAUUAUAAAAUUGUUGGAUAUGAAUCUCUUGUAAAUUAUUAAAUUAUACCGAUAUUGGUAUCUGUACAUAAGAAAAAAUAAAUCUGCUUGUUUAAUAUGGCAGCAAAUAUUAAUUUAUGUUGAAUAAAUAGUAAUUAAUUAAAGGUGUACACCUACUUGAUGCCAAACACCUGAAAAUUCAAACAAAAAUAGCUCAGUUGAAAGAAAUCAGAUAAGUUAUUAACAGGAAGCGAUAAAAAAAAUUAGCUUUUGCUGAUAUACAGAUACCCUAGUACAGAAAUCUACUGUAUAAAUUGAUUACCAGCCAAAUUGGGGGUCUAUGUGAAAUUUUUAUGGGAACGUGUGAGGCUUGGCAUCCCAAAAUCAGCAUACCCACAAUAAAUGUUAAACUGAGUAAUUAGCAUAAGAAUAUUGCAGUAUUGUAUACUUUGGUACAGAAAAGCCAGAAUACUUUUACUCAUAACUUUGGCAAUUUAGUAAGUUAAUUCAAGUUGAAAUGGUCUAUCAUUUUAAAGCUUAUAAUGUGGAGAGAAUUAAUACAAUAUAUUAAAAAGUCAAUUUUCAUGUUUUGGUCACUAAUGCUGUUUUUGACAAGGCAAGCCCCAUAUUAUUUUACCUAUUGUUAAUUUUUGGAGAAAUUUUUUUUCUCAUUCAUAUUUUUAAUUGUAAAUUAAUAACUUACUUUAAUAUACAUACUAAGUAAUUUAAAUAUGUAAUCGUAUUAUCAUCAAUUUUUCAUGACAGAUAAUACGUCUUUAAUGUAAUUUUAAAGUUUCUAUUUUAAAAUUUUAUAUUAAGAAAAAAAUAGACAUGCUAAAUUUUUGAGAAUAAGGAUGCUUUGUAUAAACAGCCUUUGACAACUGCUCUGGAACUGGAAUUAUAAUAUACUACAUCAACAUGGUGCUGUAUAUAUGUUGACAACUUCUCUAAAGUUAAAUGCAUAAUAAUUAUUUCUGUAGGCCAGUUUCAUUAGAGAAGGGAUGCCUAACAAAGUGUGGGUUGCUGAUUAAAUCAGAAUAAAUAUUCAACUGACGACAAAACAAUGUAUCUGGGACACAAAUUGUCAAAAAUUACCAAAGGCAGAUUUGGAAACAAUUUAUUUUUCAAUUUGACUUUUUUUGCCUGACAGCUGAUGAUUUUCAUUCUGGAAAUCUCUUCCUGUGUAAGACGGUUGUUAAGUUCCGUCGUAUUCGUAUUAUCAUCAAUUUUUCAUGACAGAUAAUACGUCUUUAAUGUAAUUUUGAAGUUUUUAUUUUAAAAUUGUAUAUAAGAAAAAAUAGACAUGCUAAAUUUUUGAGAAUAAGGAUUCUUUGUAUAAACAGCCUUUGACAACUGCUCUGGAACUGGAAUUAUAAUAUACAUCAACAUGGUGCUGUAUAUAUGUUGACAACUUCUCUAAAGUUAAAUGCAUAAUAAUUAUUUCUGUAGGCUAGUUUCAUUAGAGAAGGGAUGCCUAACAAAGUGUGGGUUGCUGAUUAAAUCAGAAUAAAUAUUCGACUGACGACAAAACAAUGUAUCUGGGACACAAAUUUUCAAAAAUUACCAAAGGCAGAUUUGGAAACAAUUUAUUUUUCAAGUUGACUUUUUUUGCCUGACAGCUGAUGAUUUUCAUUCUGGAAAUCUCUUCCUGUGUUAGACGGUUGUUAAAAGCUAUGUACAGUAGGCAAUUUUGCAAUUAUCAUUUGAAAUUCCUGAUUGUAGGUUUUAGAUAAAUAUUCUGUUUGAAUCCACAGUA